GAAUGGCUGCUGGCACUCUUACCGCUCCUAGCGCUAGCUUAUAACUUCGACGCACUCCCGACCAGCUCUUUGUUCCUGCCACUGCGGCUGAUCUACUCGACAAUACAGCGGGUGUCCGAGAAUCCUCAAGCGGCGGAACUCUUCCGAUUCAUCUUUCUUGGAACCAUCGUUGAGGCGGGUAAGAAACUUGGCCAGCUGCUCAUCAGCUCUGGGUCGACGCUAUUCGUCGUCAACGCCGAGUUCCAGACGCAAGAUUUUGCGUACGACUGGGUCGUGCACUACCUCGUGAGCCAACGCGUCUUCAAGGAGAGUCGAUUCUUUCGAGUCGUUGCGCGUAACGCGGCAACGCGCCCCGGCACCGGGCUAGUUGAUGGGGCAGAAAUGGAAAGGAAUCAGAGCGAGAUCGACGGGCACCCAGAUGCGGUGUACGAGCCUGCUGCUGCGACGCCGAUAUUUUUCAGGUGGCAGGGGUAUUGGAUCUCAGUUAACAAAACUACGCCGGGAUACUAUCAUUACGACGAGGGGAGGGAGAAGAAGGACACACUGAUCAUCAGCAUCUGGAGCUGGGACCGGAAGAUAUUGGACCACUUCGUGAACACUGCACGUCAGUACUAUAUAGACUCGAAGGUCGUGCCCCGGAAGAUCGAUGUGGAAAACGAACCGUCCCACACGCUAGUCACUGCGGUAUUUCCACAAGGCGAUGCCGCGUACGAUUGGAUGCUCGCUUAUCUCCGGUCCGAAAAUGCACUCUUACACGCAAAUACGUUGACUGUCAGCACCAAACAGAGUGAUCUGGGAUGGGGGACCGGCGCAGACGACCUAGUAUGCUACCUGCCAACAGAGGAAACAAAGCAGCAGUUCCUAUUCACCAGCCCGAGGACGGGUGUCCAGACCUGGCUGCAAGUCACAGUGAACCCCGGGAUCACCAGCUGGAACUCGGACUUGCCCACCGGGGGCAGCGUCACUGUCACCCUGCAUUCCUGCAACAGAGACAUCCUGUCUGAUCUCAUACAUGCAGUGCGAACCAAGUACCUCGAGAACGGUACCUCAAAAGUAUCGGUGCAUCUCGCUGACAAUCACGGCCAAUGGGCGAAAACAAUCACCAAAUCUCGACGUGCGCUCUCGACACUGAUACUCCCGGGAGAGAUCAAGGAGCAGAUCAUCGCCGACGCACGCGAGUUCCUGGACAGCGAGGGGUGGUAUGCGGAAGCUGGAGUGCCAUACCGGCGGGGAUACCUUCUCUGUGAGUGAUUCAUGCGGAAAGUCUUGUGGAAGUGACUCUGGCUUCUAGAUGGGGAGCCCGGAACGGGGAAGAGUUCAACGAUUCAUGCAUUGGCCGGAGAGCUGGGUCUCGAGAUAUACUUUGUCUCGCUUGCGAAUCCCGGGAUCGACGAUUACACGUUGUCCAAGCUAAUCAGUGAUACCCCGGCUAGAUGCAUCAUCUUGCUCGAGGACAUCGACUGUGCUUUUCCUUCCAGGGAUGAAGCUGACGAUGAAUUCGGUGAAUAUUCCCUCUUCAACAAAGGCGGAAAUCAGGUUCCACGUCCUCUUCCGCCCCCAAAAUCGCAGGUCACGCUCUCUGGGUUGUUGAAUGUCCUCGAUUCGGUGUCUAGCACAGAUGGUAGACUCACUGUUGCAACUACGAACCACAUCGAGAACCUAGACUCCGCACUGAUCCGAGCGGGGCGCAUGGACAUGAAGAUCCAGUACACGUUCGCCGACACACCGCAGAUCGAGCAGGUCUUUGCCCGCUUUUUCCCGCACUCGACAGACCUUGCGCGAGCCUUCGCCGAGCAGAUUCCUCCACACAGAUUUUCUGUCGCGCAGAUCCAAGGAUACCUGCUCACAAAGAAGCGCGAUGCGGAGAGCGCCGUGUUUGGGGCCGGGCAGUGGAUAGAAGAGAUCGAGGACGAGAAAAGAGCCGUGAAAGAGCUCAAGGCCAAAAGGAAGGCGGAGAGGAGAAAGAAGGAAGUGCAGGAAACAUCUGAUGUUGCCCAGACUGAAGAAUCGGGUGUGAAGACCAUUGGAGAAACGAAUCCUGCAAAUACAGAGUAGUGCUUG